AUGGGGCGGGAGCGGAGGCGCGGGGAUCACCAGGUAUUACGCCCGAUAGCACCGGGAGUCCGGGACAACAUCACACAGCAAUAUACUCCUCUUUUGCCUUGUCAGCAUCACACAUCAUUUGCACCCUUGGCUCAGUUUAAUACCAUAAUUCAUUUGCACUCUCGUGCACUCCUCAGGCGCUUCGUCUCUCGCAGAGUUAUGACCAAGGGAAGACGCCUCCCAGACCAUCCCAUCUUUUUUAUCAGCGAUCAUACUUGGAUCACUGAGGAAACCGGGUAUACCUCCUCCGCUGUUCCUUUUUUGAAAGCAAUGUCGGCUUUCAGCGAUCCUGUCCCCUCGGUCUCCGCGCAUACUCUCAACAACACACUAGCCAGCAACGUAUCGUCGUAUCCACUGUUACUGUUGAAAGCCCCAUGGCAAGCAUUUCAACAAGUCGAAACUUUCACGUUCGUCACUCUCCCACACAAUGUCGCGCGUUUAACUGGUUUAAGUAGCCUUCUUGGUCCUGGAGCAGGAGAUGGUGACCGGGCAGCUGCGACUGCAGCCAUUGGAGCAAAUCAUAUAGCCGAAGCAAUCGCAGAGAAUGGCGGCCCUGACAGUCCAUUCAACAUGGCUGAUGUCUUUCAAGCAAUGAGGAGAUUUAGUGGCUUCUUCAGCUACAUGACGAGUCGGUGGUCUUUGGCUUGUUUUUCUGUUGCUUUGAUACUCAAUCGCGUGACGAUAUAUGCGUCGUCGAGGCGGCACAUUAGGAUCCCAUGGAAGAAACGCCUUGCGCUCCGCAUAAUACCCAUCGCUUUAUUUCUAGCACAGAUCGUGAAUCUAUUACGCGCUAUUCGAUGUCAGACGUCUACCGAUUACCCUGCAAUUCGAUAUGGUCAUGUUGACAAGCGCUUCUCCUCUGAUCAUGCUACUGGUGGUGGCUUCUUAUACACUAUGAGCUCUACACUGUUACCCUGGGAAUCAUAUUCUGAUUCUUGUAGUGCGGUCGGUAUGAAUAGACCAACAGAUAGCAAUGAACUGCCUCGUGGGUCGUUCACCCUGCUGUGGCCAGUUUUUAUUACCCUUUGCUUGAGUCACUUUGUGGAAACGCUUUUAUGCGCUUUACAAGGUCGACCUGUUGUCACCGAAGCUGGGAUGUCAAUUUUCGAACAUUCCCUUGCAUUCGCAGAGGCCGAAACCAUGGUCAGCCAGUCUAUCGGUCUGGGCUUGUUCGGAUUAACAAAACAUAACCCAAGAGACGAUCUACCUUUGACUGGAGACGAUGCCUCAACUUUGCACAUACUCACCCGCGCACAAGUUUUGGAGAAAAUGAAUGUCACGCCUGAAUUGCUGUUCAUUAUCCUCAUUUCGUGCUGUAACAGCCUGUGCUCUAACGCUCUCGAUGUCUUCGGAAAGCAAAGCAGAUACCGGCUGAUAAAUACGACCAUAUGGGGUCUUUGCUACAUGGGAGCCAUGGCCUGGGGUUUCCUCGAUAGCUCACCUGUCAGUAGUGAAAGCGGCUUCCUCAAGUUUCCUACCGUCUGCAUAGUCGGGUUUGUGCCUCAUCUUCUCAUAUUGACAGGGAUUCUUGUUUGCUUGGGUAUCUAUGGGCUCGCCGUUCUUAUCAGCGCAUUCAAUCUACCUCCGGGAUUGCCAGAACCGUUGUCGAUUUGGGAGCGAUUCUCUUUAGCACAUGAGAAUAUGCAAGGCGCAAGUCAGAUUCGUAACGUCCGUCUUAACAUGCACGAGGAUUUUUAUACCUCUCUACUCCGGAUUGGGUAUGCCGCCUUGACCGCGGCGAGUGAGGCAGUCUUCUUAAAUGAGGGCCGUAGUGUGGUAGCUCGCCGAAGAACCUGGUUAGAGGAAGACAGACUUACUGAAAUUGAGACCGCUCGUCGAAGAGGAUCGGCUAGACCAAGGACUUGGGCCGGUAAUGCUUCAGCUUCUCGAUGGGACGACGCAGCUACUAUUAAUUUUGAUAUUCCCACACCGCAAGCAGAAACGUGGGAAAGUGGAUACGGCAAGGAACAGAAGAUCGAAAAACUGAAGAACAUAUACCGGUCUCAUUCACAAAAUAAUCUGGGUGGUGUUGGCGCAUUUCAUGGCGCAAGCAGGUGUUACCAUGGGUUCGCAUUUUUCAGGGGCAUCUUUUAUUUGAUUUUUAGGUGGAUUGCGCUAGGGGUGGACAAGAUUUUGGAACGAAUGGGUAUUACGUCUCGACCGCAGUGGAUGGUCCGUCUCAUCGGAUCCAAUAAGCGAGGAAAGAAGACAAGCCGCAGAGAGCAACAGGCACCGUUGGACUUUUGGAUCUUGACGGACGAUGGCGAGCUCGAGCUCCCGGAAGAUGACGAGUUCGACGUAGAGAAAGAAAUGCGCAAGAGAGAAAUUCAGAACCAAUCAAGAUGGGAAGAUACAGACGAGACUCGCUUAGAUAACAAACUCUACAAUUGGUGGACAGCUGGAGGAUCCUGGGGUAACCAAGAUGAAAGUGUCGAUUAUGUGCCUUCAGAAGAUGGCUUCGAAGAUAACACCAGCGUGAUAUCUAUGCAGACCAACGAUGACGACUGGGAAGAUGAUGAGGAAUCUAGUGGUCGUCGAACUCCUACGCAACAAGAUCCCUUUCCUCGCUCAUUUUCGCGCGAAAGUACGCCACUAACGGAGACACUUUUGGAUACAUCAUCUCUUGCCAGAUUACUUGACCCGCGGGACCAAGAGAGUAAGAAUGAAGCUCGCAUCCUCGCUGCACAUCUCCUCGCCGAGCAAGAAGGCCGCAUAAUGACCCGCAGCCGCUUCCGACGUCAAGAUGAGCACGAACGGGCGCGAGUCUUGUUACCAGUGCGUUUCCACGCCCCAUACAGAGACGGCAGCAAUAAUAGCACGGAGAAACUGCGCCCUACAGCCGAAGAAGAGGCCGAAAUCCUCGAAAAGCUGAUCUUGACUCGCCGUCAAGAAGCUGCGACGCAUUAUCAAGACGGCCCAAGGGAGUCAUGGGGAACAGGCGCAGCAGGCCUGGGAGACGACGGUCCCCAAUGUGUGAUAUGCCAAACAAGUCCACGAUCAAUCAUCGCCUGGCCAUGUCGAUGUCUCUGCGUCUGCGAAGAUUGCAGAGUCAGUCUGGCCAUGAAUAACUUUGGGAGUUGUGUUACUUGUCGCCAGGAAGUUGCUGGCUUCGUUAGGUUGUGGGUUCCUUGAAUCUUAUUCUUGUUUUUAUACUUUUGGCCGAGUUUGUAUAUCUUAAUUUUAAGAUGGUUGGCUUCUUGUAGCUUAUUCACUUGCAUUGGUUGCUUGUGUAAGUGCUGGUUCUUUAUUUAGAUAGACUUCGGGCCUUGUAUCAACAAUCUCUUCAUGCUUCUUGUGUUAUUAGGUAUCAUACCCACGUUUAACAUACGAAAAUUAUUGUGAAGUUAACAUCAGAAGAGUUGAUCAAUCAUCUUGCAUCAUCAUCAGAGGACUUCUUCAUCAGUCAUGUUAGCCAGG